AUGGAGUGCUGGUGCAGUUGUCUGAUUGCGGGCAAGCAGCUUGACCCUGCGAUCGAUCGGACCUGGCGUCUUCCAGGCAAAAAGUCCGCGCUGCUACGGGCUCGGCCUCAGCCUCAGGCGCGUCCCGGAUUAUCUGUACUGCCGGAGUCUGCAUCUACUCACGCCCCGCAGUCCCAUCAACCCACGACGCUCGCUCGUUUCCAGCUCUCCAAGUUCUCCUACACCACCACGUCCAUCAACCAUAGAGCGCCAUUGAACUGGAAUCAUGUCAUUGGAGACGGCACUGUUAUCGGCAUCUUUGAGAGAUAUGCGGCUCUCUCUUCUGCGAGAGUUCUGUUUAGAGUUGUCCGCAAUGACCGAGAGACGCUGGAAGAAGUAGGCAUAACUGACCUCGUAAAAGAAUUCGAGGGCCAGUUCCGCUCGUGGCAAGACGGCUCAAGACAUGCAGCAUUUGCUGUAGUCGUAAAACUUCCGUGCCUUGCUGUCAAAUACCCUCAAGGGCCCGGAUACGUUCGACGUUUCCAAGUCAAGUUCUCCUCUGACCGAGACUUCUACUCAGCACUGGCUAUAUUGAGCGAGAUCAACUGUCCCUUUUCGGAGUCGAAUGUUAGUUCUGCACGGCCCAUGAGCAGAACAACCUCGUCACUCACGAACCUGGGGCAUAUCGGUCCCGGUUUAGGUUCGCGGCAUUUCCCCUCUACUGCAACCGAGACCCCUACGUUGAAUCGCAGUACGCAACUGUCCUACAGGCCAACUACUGCGUCUAGCACCAUCGCAAACUCCCCUCCAGACCCUGAUACAGUGUUUCCAUAUUCUUCCUUCUCUUAUACCACACCGGAUGACUCAAGCCGCCGAAUCAGCAGCAGCACACUGGGCAGCACUCGCAGGUCUCCCUUCGAGCCGACGUUUCCGACAACCAUUGUUCAACCUUCAACAACAGACACGAAUCCAUUCAAGAGACCAAGCACUACCACAGCAAACUUCAGCUUAGAGUUAGAAGAUAUACCACGGUUGAGCCCCAGCCGAGACACAUACAGAUGCAAUCGCCCAAGCACAUCCACGGGUCUCAAUGAGCUAGACUUACCCCCAAAGAGAGUGCUACCUUUCUCCAAUAGAGCCGCCAAAAGAAGUCGUCUGACGCCGAAGGCAGCAAAGAAAGCUUCUACUAACCAGUGCGCAAGGGACCCAGCAACCAAUGACAUCUCAUCCUCACCUACUAAGUCCACGAGAAAAUUACCGGCACCACGAACCACGACAAGCACGAAAGCCAAAGUAGGGACCCAGAAAACCCAAUUUACACUCUCCCCAAAACCGCUCGAAGAUCUCCCCCAGAGCCUCAACAAAACGGUUGCUAUAAAUACAGAGAAAACAACCGUUCCGCCCAAAGCCCUCUUUGGACAGCUUCCUCUUGCUACGCCAGAUAACCUAGCGAAGUACACGUUAGAGCCCACCGAAGAGCGCAUUGCAUGUUUACAAAGCUGGCUCUGUGCGCACCUUGAAGAUCCCAAUUUUUCCCAACUCUGCGAAGAUAUUGAAGGUGUUGCUCAGCGGUUCUACCUGGGAAGGUAG